GCCUUCCUGAUCAUUUUUACAAUAGAGACAUUUUUGAAGAUUAUUGCCUAUGGCCUGGUCAUGCAUCAAAACUCCUACAUCAGAAAUGGCUGGAACAUGCUUGACUUUGUCAUCGUCAUUGUGGGGUUGUUUAGUGUGAUUCUGGAGAUGAUAACCAAAGACGCUGACUCUGGUGGCCAGUCUGGAGGCAAACCUGGGGGCUUUGAUGUCAAGGCCCUCCGAGCCUUUCGUGUUCUACGACCCCUUCGCCUUGUCUCUGGAGUUCCCAGUUUGCAGGUGGUUCUAAACUCCAUUAUUAAAGCCAUGGUUCCCCUGCUUCACAUUGCCCUGCUAGUCCUAUUCGUCAUUAUCAUCUAUGCCGUCAUUGGCCUGGAGCUCUUCAUUGGCAAAAUGCAUGCAACAUGCUAUGUUUUAAAAACAGGUAUGGUAGUGCACCAAGGUGCUCUUUGGGAAGAAGAAUCCUCUCCAUGUUCAGUAUCAGGUCAUGGCCGUCGUUGCCCACCCAAUGGCACAGUUUGUAGAGAAGGUUGGCAAGGCCCCAACAAUGGCAUCACCAACUUUGACAACUUUCUGUUUGCCAUGCUUACUGUGUUCCAGUGCAUCACCAUGGAGGGCUGGACAGAUGUUCUCUACUGGAUGAAUGAUGCAAUGGGCUUUGAGCUGCCUUGGGUCUACUUUGUCAGUCUGGUCAUCUUUGGAUCCUUUUUUGUUCUCAACCUUGUUUUGGGUGUUUUGAGUGGAGAGUUUUCCAAAGAGCGAGAGAAGGCAAAGGCUCGGGGAGAUUUCCAGAAGCUACGUGAGAAACAGCAGUUAGAGGAAGACCUGAAAGGCUACCUGGACUGGAUCACACAGGCUGAAGAUAUUGACCCAGAGAAUGAAGAGGAGGGAGACGAGGAGGGAAAGCGUAACCGGGUCACUCUGGCUGACCUCACUGAGAAGAAGAAAGGAAAAUUUGGCUGGUUCACUCAGUCCACAGAGACACAGGCAAGCAUGCCCUCAACUGAAACCGAGUCACUGAACACUGAAAAUCACAAUGGAAUGGAGGAAAGAUUACCCUGCUGUGGAUCACUGUGUGAAAAUUGUUGUUUGCUCAGUCGUAAGUGCCGACGUUGGAACCGCUUCAUCCGCCGGAAGUGUCGUGCAGCAGUAAAAUCUGUGACAUUUUAUUGGCUGGUUAUAAUCUUAGUGUUCCUCAACACUCUCACCAUCGCUUCUGAGCACUACAACCAACCAGAAUGGCUGACUGAAGUACAGGACGUUGCAAACAAAGUUCUGUUGGCAAUGUUCACCUUGGAGAUGCUGGUGAAGAUGUAUAGUUUGGGGCUGCAGGCCUACUUUGUGUCUUUGUUUAACCGCUUUGACUGUUUCGUGGUGUGUGGAGGAAUCCUAGAGACAAUCCUGGUGGAGUUGGCAAUCAUGUCUCCGCUGGGUAUCUCAGUCUUUCGCUGUGUCCGUCUCCUUAGGAUCUUCAAGGUUACACGUCACUGGGCAUCUCUGAGUAAUUUGGUGGCCUCUCUGCUCAACUCCAUGAAGUCCAUUGCCUCUCUCUUGCUGCUGCUCUUCCUUUUCAUUAUCAUUUUCUCCUUGCUUGGCAUGCAACUUUUUGGAGGCAAGUUCAACUUUGAUGAGACUGUAACCAAAAGGAGCACAUUUGAUAACUUCCCUCAGGCCCUGCUCACAGUUUUUCAGAUUUUGACAGGAGAAGACUGGAAUACUGUGAUGUACGAUGGAAUCAUGGCAUACGGUGGUCCAGCCUCUUCUGGAAUGGUUGUCUGUAUUUACUUCAUCAUCCUUUUCAUCUGUGGAAACUACAUCUUGCUAAAUGUCUUCUUGGCCAUUGCUGUUGACAACCUGGCAGAUGCAGAGAGCCUCAACACAGCACAGAAGGAGAAAAAGGAGGCCAAGAAGAGGAAGAACAGUGCCAAGGAUGUAGACACAGAAAAAGGGUUUGAAGUAUUUAAGGACAUGGAAGGGGACACUGAGAUGUCUGCAGAGAUUCCACUUGAGGAAGAAAAGGAACUGUAUCCUACCAUUGACUUUUCAGUGUGUGAUAAGGCCAACUAUAAUGAAAGUCUCCAAGAAGUCCUGAGAAGACCUCGCCCUCAGAGGCUUUCUGAUCUCACCAUCAAAGAGAAGACUCCACCUAUCCCAGCUGGCAGCGCCUUUUUUCUCUUCAGCAGCACUAAUCCGUUUCGUGUAUUCUGCCACAAGCUGAUCCACCAUCAGAUCUUUACCAACCUUAUCUUGAUCUUCAUCAUGUUAAGCUCUGUCUCUCUGGCUGCUGAAGACCCAAUACGCAACUUCUCUGCUCGCAAUAUCAUUCUUGGUUAUUUUGACUAUGCUUUCACGGCAAUCUUUACAGUUGAGAUCCUGCUGAAGAUGACAGCGUUUGGAGCAUUCUUUCAUAAAGGAGCAUUCUGUAGAAACUACUUCAACCUUUUAGACCUGCUGGUUGUUGGUGUGUCUCUGGUCUCCUUUGGGAUUCAGUCUUCUGCUAUCUCAGUAGUAAAGAUUCUCCGUGUUUUGAGAGUUCUUCGUCCACUUAGAGCCAUUAAUAGAGCCAAGGGACUAAAGCAUGUGGUCCAGUGUGUGUUUGUGGCCAUCAGGACGAUUGGCAACAUCAUGAUCGUUACCACGCUGCUGCAGUUCAUGUUUGCUUGUAUUGGAGUACAGCUCUUUAAGGGAAAGUUUUAUCGCUGCACAGACGAUGCAAAAUCCAGCCCAGAUGAGUGCAAAGGUACCUACAUUCUCUACAACAAUGGGGACACAGCAGUGCCAAUGGUUAAGGAGAGGAUCUGGUACAACAGUGACUUCAACUUCGACAAUGUCCUCGUGGCCAUGAUGGCUCUUUUUACAGUCUCCACCUUUGAAGGAUGGCCCACGCUAUUGUACAAGGCUAUCGAUUCUAACAGAGAGAACAUGGGUCCCAUCUACAACUACCGCAUCGAGAUCUCCAUCUUCUUUAUUAUCUACAUCAUCGUCAUCGCUUUCUUCAUGAUGAACAUCUUUGUUGGUUUUGUCAUUGUCACCUUUCAGGAGCAGGGGGAGAAGGAAUACAAAAACUGUGAGCUUGACAAGAACCAGCGUCAGUGUGUGGAAUAUGCUCUGAAAGCUCGUCCUGUGAGGCGCUACAUCCCCAAAAACCCUUACCAGUACAAGUUCUGGUUUGUUGUCAACUCUACAGGCUUUGAGUACGUCAUGUUUGUCCUGAUCAUUCUCAACACCCUUUGUUUGGCUAUACAGCAUUACGGUCAGUCUCAUUUGUUCAAUUAUGCCAUGGACAUCCUUAAUAUGGUCUUCACUGGGGUUUUCACCGUGGAAAUGAUCUUUAAACUCAUUGCCUUUAAACCCAGAGGCUAUGUUGGGGACGCCUGGAACGUCUUCGAUGCACUAGUGGUGAUUGGCAGUGUAGUCGACAUCCUACUAAGCCAGAACUAUUUUGCUGAUGCAUGGAACACAUUUGAUGCCUUAAUUGUUGUGGGUAGCGUGGUUGACAUUGCCAUCACUGAGAUCAAUAAUACAGAGGACAGUGCUCGAAUCUCAAUCACCUUUUUUCGCCUGUUCAGAGUGAUGCGGUUGGUGAAACUGCUGAGCAGGGGGGAGGGCAUCAGGACUUUACUGUGGACCUUCAUCAAAUCUUUUCAGGCUCUUCCCUAUGUUGCACUCCUGAUAGCCAUGCUGUUCUUUAUCUAUGCUGUAAUUGGAAUGCAGGUGUUUGGAAAAAUUGCCAUGGUGGAUGGAACACAGAUAAACCGCAACAACAACUUUCAAACGUUUCCCCAGUCUGUCCUUUUGCUCUUCAGGUGUGCUACUGGGGAGGCCUGGCAGGAGAUCAUGCUAGCCUGUCUCCCAGGAAAGUUGUGUGAUUCAGAGUCAGACUACAACCCUGGAGAGGAAAGAACCUGUGGUAGUGGCUUUGCCAUUAUCUACUUCAUCACCUUCUAUAUGCUAUGUGCUUUUCUGAUCAUCAACUUAUUUGUAGCUGUGAUCAUGGAUAACUUUGACUACCUGACUCGUGAUUGGUCCAUUCUGGGACCACACCACCUGGAUGAGUUUAAAAGGAUCUGGUCUGAAUAUGAUCCAGAAGCCAAGGGCAGGAUAAAGCACCUUGAUGUGGUUACUCUGCUGAGGAGGAUCCAGCCACCGCUGGGCUUUGGUAAACUCUGCCCUCACAGGGUGGCCUGUAAGCGUCUUGUGGCAAUGAACAUGCCCUUGAACAGUGAUGGGACAGUCAUGUUUAAUGCCACCUUGUUUGCUCUAGUUCGCACAGCUCUAAAGAUUAAGACUGAGGGUAAUCUGGAGCAAGCCAAUGAGGAGCUUAGAGCUGUGAUAAAGAAGAUCUGGAAGAGGACUAGCAUGAAACUGCUUGACCAAGUGGUACCUCCUGCAGGCGAUGACGAGGUAACAGUGGGGAAGUUCUAUGCCACCUUCCUGAUACAGGACUACUUCAGGAAGUUCAAGAGGCGCAAAGAGUUAGGUCUUCUGGGAAGGCACUCAUGGGAGAGACUGAACACCACCAUGGCUUUACAGGCUGGCCUGCGCACGCUGCAUGAUAUUGGACCAGAGAUCCGCCGAGCCACAUCAUGCGACCUGCAAGAGGAGGGGCUUGUAGAUCCAAAUGCUGAGGAAGAGGAGGAAAUCUACAGGCGUAAUGGCGGUCUUUUCGGAAACCAUGUCAACUGUGUCAGCGCGGAUCAUCCCAGCUACUUUAUCCCAACCACUGUCACUCAACGUCCACUACUGAUUUUACCCUUUUCAGUCAGUGCCUCCCAUGAAGCAGACAGGAGAGCCAAUGAAAAUGACAGAGAAGACACAGCAACUAAUUUGUCACCAGUCCAAUAUAAUAAUUGUCAUAGUCCCCAUCUGUGUAGUCAUGAGCAUUGCAUUUCCUUUUGUCAACAAUCACCAGUACCCUCUAAUGCCAACCUCAACAAUGCCAACUUGCCCUCACUUCUCUCCAUGACCAGUGGAAGGCAGCAGGAGUGUUUACGGAGGCAGUGCCAUCCGUCGUCAACUACAAAAGGGAUUUCAGUAAUCACCAUCAACAAAGGUGUGCAAGACAAACCUCGGAAUUCCAGCUCUGCAAGCAAUGCCAGAUCAGAAAGUGGUACUGGACUCUGUCCCACAGCUCUCCAAGACAAUUCUGGUGGCAGGGAAAGUAAUGAAGGAUCAGGAGAGUACUUCAGUGAGGAGGAGUUUCCUGAGGACAGUUUCACAAGGUUGUCCUACACGGACCCCCAUAGUAUAGAAAGAGACUCUGACCACGAUGUUUUUAGUGGUGACCAUCAGAAUGAUGAUGAUGAUGACAAGCAGCCAAUCUUCCAAGGUAGCAGACGCUCAUCUAGAAGGUGGCUUUUACCAUCACCUCAAGCCUCCAACAGACCAACGUUCAGUUUUGAGUGUCUUCGCAGAUUAAGCAGCCAGGAUGAGUCUCCAUCCUGUGCAGCUCUUCCACUUCACCUGGCACAGCAGCAGGUAAAGGCAGUGGCCGGUUUUGAUGCCAAAAGAAUUCCCCACCUGUCCCCGGCAAGGUCACUGCACUCCUGGGCCCCACUUUCGGCCCCACCCAUCAGCACUGACUGCUCACACUGCUACACACCUCUCAUACAGGUGGACUGGCGCAGUUCUGGCAGCAUUGGCAGCACCCCCGGAACAGUGAAGAGGAGUUUGUGGUAUACGGAUGGCCAGAAUGGCUCUCCUAGUCACAGCCACUCUCCAUCAAGUGUCCAGUUUCCUGCAAAGAGCUGCUUGCAGUGCCUGCAGAAGAAGGGCAGCGCUGACAGUCUAGUGGAGGCUGUGCUGAUCUCUGAAGGUCUUGGAAAAUAUGCCCGGGACCCCAAGUUUGUUUCAGUGACCAAACAUGAAAUUGCAGAUGCCUGUAAGAUGACCAUUGAUGAGAUGGACAGUGCCGCCAGUAACCUUUUGAAUAGCAAUAUGGGAAAUGGCAGCAAUGGAGGAAAAGAGAAUGUGACCUCAGACACAGCUAUCGCUUGUCUUAAAGACAGAAGUAUCUGUGAAUACAGUGAUGAAGAGCAGUGCACAGCUGUGAAAUAUGAGGAGGACCUAACUGAUGAGAUGAUAUGUAUCACAUCACUUUAAAGGCAGUUACAUGUCCGUUUUUUUAGGGGUUUUUCCAGUUGGAUUUUUAUAACUUUUUGAGAAUGAGAUAAUGUCACUGCUCAAGUGCAUCCUGCAAAAGACAAAAUGUUAAACUUGGAUGGAGAAUAGAACUAAGUGCCUUGUUUUCACAGUGUGGAAAGAGGGAUUAAUAUAAGAUGGACUAAUAUGAUGGUUAGGAAUACCAGAAGGAAUCAGUCUACCUGCCAGCCUGUCUGUCAUUCAGCAGGGAUUAACUUUUUUUGCUAUUUUAUAUUAUAUUAUAAAGAGUGGUUUACAGCAUUACAAAGCCAAGUGUGACUGUUAGAAGGAAACACUGGUGACAGACUAUGAGUGUAAUUUUUAUAUUCUAUGAACCUUGGAAACAGCCUUAGUUCUGAUCUGUCACAGGUCCAGGUCAAUAACAUUAUAUUUUGGUCACCCUGACUCAGAUAAUACUAGUAAUGUGAUAGAAAAAGACUAUAUGAAGUAUUUUUAUGCAUUUCAGCUGUACUCAGCGCUUACUAACAUACAUGCUGAUUAAAAAGCCAUCUAAAGAGGCAGGUAAAGUAUGAAUGCAGGAGCUGCUCUGGGAUCACAGUCCAGGGUUUCAGGUUUAAACACUGCCUGCUAUAUUACUUGACUUAGAAGGAAAUAACAUAUCAAUAAAUAAAACUUUUUUCUAAGUCAUAUCAUUGUUUCACAUGGACAAUGCUGUGUUACAUAGAAAACACUGUGUAUUUCUUUCUUUGACCAACAAACAGAGAAUGGGUCCUCACUAACUGUUAGGAAUAUAUUUUCCUCAAAAAAUAUAUUUAUAGAAUAUGGAAAAUGGAAUGGGAUUCUACAAUAUCACAAGCCUUUAACAAUUUUGAUUUUGUCAUCAAAAUCAUUGGAACUUUAGAAGCCAUUUUUUACUGAAAUAAAAAAAAAACAAAAACACUUAAAAUAUGAAAUUAUUAAUUCUACUAAGCCCUGUUGUAAACUGCUGUAUGUCAGGUUAAGACAAUAACACAAAAGUGUUCACAUUUAGAACGUUCUUCUAUAUAGACCCCAAUGUUUUAUUCAGUUCCUUAUCAUUGAGAUUCCUGCAUCAUGGCAAAACAGUCUUCAGGCAAGAUUUUUCUGUCUCAACUUUUUAUUUUACGAUUCAUUCAAGCCAUAACUUCCUCAGCAGCUUAACUUUAAAUUAAUUUGGUUCUGAGGACUGAACCUCAAAUUUUACAUGUUUAAUGAGCUCAGCAGUUAACAAUAAGAACUAUUUCUCACACACCAUAGCAUUGUUUAAUGAUUUUUGCUACACUGGUACAAUAAAAAAAGCAUAAAGGAAAAAUGUGCUUUUUUAUUCGUGAUAAUAUUUAGUUGAUCAUUUUGAUCGUCAUUUAGUAUUUUUGAAAUUAAAUUCUAGGUAUUAGCUGUUGCUUGUUAUGUGUUGGAUUUCCUCUUCAAUUGCAAUAUCUGUUUGAGUGCCCAUGUUGUCAAAAGCAGCUGCUUUCUGUGAGGGGGUAAAACAUCAAUCUACUCACAGAUUUGAAAAAAGUCUCACCCGCUGUGUGUCACAUUUGGCCAAACCACUGUUUAUCGCUGCCAAAUACAGAAUCACUGCCAGCUGUAGUAACUCAACUGCUUUUAUUGGAAUACUUUUCAU